AUGUCGUUCUAUCGUCCAAAGCCCACACUCACUUCCGCGUCCAGCAGCAAUGCGGCUACGCAGCGUGAAACUGGUCCCGACAUGAAUUCUGAUUCAAUUGUUGGACACGCAGCCGCCAUUCCUGCCAUCCACGCCGAGGCCACUUUGGACGCGCCCACUGCGUCCACAACCGAGCGCUUUGAUGUACCGACCAAGCGGCUCGUUCAAGCCCGGCGCCGCGAGCUCCUAUGGAAGCAAAAGCUUGAUCACUACAGAGCAGUCGCAGCUCGGCUUGCUCGGACGCACCUUCCAGCCGAGAAUCCCUUCAGCGCAUCGCUGUUUCAUGUGUGGCGCAUCUUCCCGAAACAGGACAUGGCGUUUGCGUUUGCCGGCUCGUGCUUCCACAAGGUGCAUGUAUUUGCAUUCGAGGCACCAAACUUUACUGCGGGCCGGCGCAAGUUUCUGGUGACUUCCUAUGCCGAAUUUUGGCACGUUUACAGUCAGCUUCUGUCGGAUCAACGGCACUACUAUGAAGUCAUUCCAGAUGGCUGCGUCUGCAAGGCGUACUUUGACGUCGAGUUUAAUGCCUCCCUCAACCCGACUUUAGACGGGUGCAAGGCGAUUGAUGCAAUCCAAUAUGCGUUUCGGAAAUGGUUUUCAAUCACGGUUGCGCGAGAUCAGAUUUUGGAUCUUGAUUCUACGACGCAAGCAAAGUUUUCGAGACAUUUAAUUGUAAAUUUGCCCGGUGCAGCCUUUCAGAGCAACGAGCAUGUUGGUCUUUUCGUUGAAUGGCUGGCCGGUCAAGCAGAGUGCUGGCGGACGGAUCCAUCAACGAUGCCCGCGGAGGUCGGCAUCGGAGCCGAUGAGGUUGAAGUGCUAUUUGCCUGCACUGAUAAAGGAACUCGCACGCUGAUGGUUGACCGAGGCAAGAGAGUGGCCGUUGAAUGGUGGAUGUGUGUGUAUUCGCGGAAUCGCAACUUUCGCAUUUACCUCUCUUCCAAACAAGGGAAACGCGUGCGCCUCGUCGCUUCCGAGCAAAACUCGCGCAUUCCCAAAAGUUCAGAGACGGGAUUGCCCAUGGUCGUUCCCAGCACGCCUGCCAGUUUGACUGCAACUUUGCCUGAAAAGGUUUGGUCUGCAAGCGAGCGAGCCUUUCACCAUGCCGUCUUUCUUGAUUCCUUGAUUUGUAACGUUCCCUUUUCACAAGGCGUGCGCAUCCUCAGCUGGCCAGGGGCUUCAGCGGCUCCACGUCGAAAAGCGUUCACCGCUGCCACCAGCUCAACCGUCGGCGGGGCUAACGUCAGAACGAGCCAGGGUGAGGCGAGUUCACCCUACCCUGCAGUCGACGCUUUCAUUCUGAACGCUGCGUCAGCGAUGGGGCCACCUGCUCGAUUGCGCCGUUGGAUUCACUUUUCGGAAAGCAUGUGUCUCUUAUAUGACAUUUCGGGAAAUCGAUGGUGUCAUAACAUUGAUCGCGAGCACAAGUCGAAUGGCGUUUACUACGUGGUGGACCUGUCCUCUCGCACAUGGUCACAGCGGUGCUACGACCCCGACUGCCGCGGUUUUCGCUCGGCUACUUCUGUGUUGCCCAACGAUGUGCUUCAAGCCAGCGGUGCAUCGGAGGGUCGUUCCCGUGAUGGGAUCGCUGGCGGCGAAAUAGAUGAGGAUGAUCCAUACUUGCUUCUGACGGCCGAAGAUGCUUCGUUCCUUGCUGCACUAGAGUCUCUGGAGUCUGAUGCGUUGCCAUCAUCUGAGUCAGCUUUGGAGAGCAUCUGCUGCGAGACCGAGCUUUGUGACUCUGCCGAAGAUCUUGAGUUGGACAAGGUGAUGAAUCAAGUGUUGGAUAUCGUCGAAAUGGAAGCUAGGAAUCGUGGUUCACCCGUCGAGCAUGAUGGCUGCAAUCAGGGCAUCAAGAGACGGCGCCGAUCGCAGGAUGGACUUGACGAUGACAGCAAGCGCGAAUGUCUGGAAUGGUGA